AUGACUUACCUGACCCUAUUGCAACGCAUUGAGUUGGAACGAGGAAAGCGAGAACCCGGCGAAAUCACGGAACUUAAUUUAGACAACUCAAAGUCUGUCGAUGUCGAAGGUCUUACGGAUGAAUACUCGUCCUUAGAGGUUUUGAGUAUGGUGAAUGUUGGACUUCAAAAUUUGACUGGUUUGCCAUCUCUCACCAGUUUGAAAACUCUAAGUUGUCUGAACUUAAGAGUUCUGGACCUUGGAAAUUGUCCUGUUACUUCUACGGAGAAUUAUCGCAAAAAGGCUUUCGCAAUGAUCCCCUCUCUAAAGUAUUUGGAUGGUCUUGAUGAAAACAACGAAGAGGAAGUGUUUGGAAGUGAUUUCAUAAAUGGAGAUGAAGAGGCAGAUGGCGUUGAUGAAGCUGACGAAGAGGAUGAUGAAGAGUCUGAAGAAGACGACGAGUGUGAUGACGAGAUUGGCAUUGAGGCUCUUCAGCAAAGUGGCGAACUUGAAGACGAUGAAGAUGACUAUGCUCCAGGUGAAGGUGAAGAGGCAGAAUUGGAUGACUACGAGGAUGUGGAUGACGAGGAUGAGGACGAAGUGGAGGAGGACAGUGGAGCUAACCUUUCGGCUGCAAAUGUGAGCGGUCCUCGACGUCCUGGCACCAAGCGGCGUCAUGAGGACACUCAGGACGCGAAAAAUGGUGAUAAUGGCGAGCAUUGUGGAACUAAGCAUAAACACACUGAGGAUCAUGUAGAAGCGCACGUUGAAAAUGGAUCAACUGCUAAUGAAUGA